UGAAUGACUUAGAGAGAAAGAUGAUGAGAAAUGCAUGAUUCCGGGAAUUAAUCCACCCACAGCAUACGAAACCCAAAGUACACAGAACAGAAAAGAGAGGAGAGAGAAACUCAGCCAACAAAAAUCAAUUCAAUCAAAAUCCAUUUCUGUCAACAACAAAAAAAAAUAAAACCUAAUUUGAAAUCAAUUUGAAAUCGAAUCGAAGAAUUAGGCCAGAGGUUUAACAAUGGCGAAUUUGUAUGUAAAAGCGUCGCCACCAGCGGAUCUGAAUAGGAACACAGAGUGGUUUACAUAUCCAGGAGUUUGGACAACAUACAUCUUGUUCCUCUUCUUUUCAUGGCUUCUUGUUCUCUCUAUCUUUGGUUGUUCUCCUGGUAUGGCUUGGACCGUCGUCAAUCUCCUUCACUUCCUUGUCACGUAUCAUUUCUUUCACUGGAAGAAAGGUACCCCGUUCUCUGAGGAUCAGGGCAUAUAUAAUCGCUUGACUUGGUGGGAACAAGUCGACAAUGGGAAGCAGCUUACACGUAACAGGAAAUUCUUGACUGUUGUGCCUGUGGUGCUGUAUCUGAUAGCCUCGCAUACAACAGAUUACCAGCAUCCGAUGCUUUUCUUGAACACAAUUGCAGUGAUGAUUUUGGUUGUAGCCAAAUUCCCACACAUGCACAAAGUCCGGAUCUUUGGUAUCAAUGGUGAAUAAUAAUAGUAAGGAAGUUAAGGCAGUUCGCUCGUUAACACUCAAAGGUGACUUCUGAUCCUUUUUCCAUGAGCUGUUGGAAGGAACACUACUGUAUAGGAAUACCAGAAAGGAAAAAACGGUUAUGGAUGAUGUAAUGCUUUUGUAUCACCUAAACUUCUGCCUACUCUCCAAAGAGAUGAUGAACAAAUAAAAUAGUUACUAUCUAAUGUACAGAAUCAUUUGCAUGUUCUUUUAGAUUUUAUGAUAUGAGCAUGAUUUUGGUGUUUUCGGUUGUGUUAUUAUAUGCCAAGAACCUUUUAAUCUGUAAUGGAAGAGAGACUGUUUUACUAGAUUGUUAUUAGUAUUUAUCAAUAUCUGUGAUUUUAGCUUCAGAAUUGAAGCCUGUAUUGAAAUUGUAUUCACUGCUUAUGAGUUAUGGAUUUGUUAAUUGUAUGUUUGA